AUGAUGGAUCUGCGACGCUCACGCUUCUGGACUGCAUGGCUAUGCCUACUGUGGCUGGUGGAUCUCCUACCUGCUAUGGCUUCAAGUCGGAGACACCAAUUAGUCGGCGGCCUACAAACCAGCGCUCGGCAAGCAUUUUGGAGGUCGAUUUCACCACAGAAUAGAGCGCAAAAACGCGGAUUUUCCCCCAGCUUCCUGAAUUCUGCCAAGACCUACGCAACAGACAAUGAACUGCGGCCUGACAUGUAAGCACUCUGGUGUUUAUUCAAGGUCAUCUAGAUACUUUUUGACCGCUACCUAGAUGGCUCCCAUUUAAAGAGGGAAUUCCCUUCAAAUCGGCGCCUCAGUUGCAUUAGAGUCUUCAGAGGCAUUUGGAUAUGUAGUGAAAGGCUUCUAUGCUCAGGUAUUCAUGCGACUUUUUGACCUUCCUGCGCUCUGAAAUCGAGGGUGGGUUGGGGAAAGACUGUAAAUCGCACGCUGUGUAUCGGCGGGAUUUUUUUUUUAAAUAAAGGGGUGUUUAUGAACGAAACGCCUUAGGUCAAGAAAGUGUCAUAUUUUGAAAAAAGGCAGGACUGCUCGACGCUAACAGAGAUGGCGACGGUUUUGCGAAUGCCACUUAACCAUUCAUUGCGUUUGCGUUCGUUCGCAGGCACGUGUGAACUGCUAGACACAGUUUCAUAGUGGCUCUUAAGGCUAUUUCUUUGACUGAUUGAGAAUCACGAGGCGGGUUACAUAGCUGUUUUAACUGACCAUGAUAUUGUACGAAGAUCCUCCCCUAGCUGCUCCUUCAUCCACUCCAAAGCGCUCCUUUUCAACCGGCGUCUUCUUGCUGUCAUGAAAAAGUCUAGUUUUCAGAGCAAAAGUUAACCGAGACAUUAUUUUACUUAUCUUUUAGGCGGCCGUUGGCCUAGUACGAAACAUAUACUGCCACGUUGAUUUUUCCCGUCUGCAAGAAAAGUAAACAGUAGGAUUUCAAAGACCCUGCCUAUAACUCUAAAAAACAAACUAAAAUAAACUGAAAACACACCUAAAAUAUACUUAUUUCUGACUGUCAGUGUGCCAUAAAAACAUCCAUAAUCCUGUCGCCGAAGUCCACUGAGGCAUAUCCACAAAUCUGUCGAAAUUAUCUACCGGGUUAUCUGUGAAUGUGGCUUGAGUAGAUGAAAGGAAAUAGUGUACCAAUAGACAGACGUGUCCGGACCAAGGAAGACUGAGACCACAGGUGUUUCAAUGUAUUCAUCCUCUCGGUAGCGGGGGGGGGCAGGGUGUGAUCGACUGGAGAGGGAGGUUAAUGGGCCCAAAAGAGCUGCCGCCUUAAUGUUGACUGUAUUUGCCAUUCAGUUCAGUCUGUCGUUUGGUCGAUCGUUUUUGGGUCGUGUAUUGGCAAUACUUACCAGCAAAAGACGGGGCCAGUUUGUUCUUAGACACGAACCAGAUCCAUGUACGGGUAUCCUAACGAAAUAACUUUACUGAAUUGAGGGGGGCGUCAGUGAUACAAAGAGUUUUGCUCUGAUGGGCUAAACACCUGUAAAUUUACAUAGAACUUUGGUGGACAUUUCUACGCACACUGCCACCCCGUGGUUAACUUGUUCUUUCUGAUUUUGCUGGCGUAAGUAAACUGGGAAUAUAAACCGCAUUCGCUGGAGGGUGCGCACAUUUGUGUUCUACACUGGUGACCCCAACGUAAUACGCACACAACUCCCAAGUAUCCCUCACGUUCCUUUAGUACCCACCAGGAUGCUGCCUCGGCCAGACUAACAUCAUCAUCAGCCUUUCCUUUUUUAACUCAGUAUACCUUCAAGAUACAAGUUAGGCUUGAGAAAUGUGGUUGUGUUAGAGUACACACUCGAGGAGGUCUGACGGUGCUCUGACUUCACUCGUUUGCGUUAGGACCAGUCGCUUCUAAAGGGGUUUAAAUUGCUCGUAGGCAUGCGAACACGGAUGUUGCAAAUGGCCCCUUACUGGAAAUAUUAAAGGCGAUGCUCCGUCUAAGGUCAAACUAAUUGGCAUUAAAGUCAGUAGGCGAGCAGUGUUGUACUAACUGAUCUGUCAGCCAACAAGUCGGACAGACGGAAUCGCAGAGAGCAGCGGGUUUCCCAUUCACUUCCAAAAGAGUGAAAAUGCGGCUCUCAGGUGGCCUGAAGGAAGGGGGCGGAGGAGGGGGGAGGGUGUGACGUUUGAUGCCCAGACUAGCCAAUGCAACUAUUGAUCUUCAGUCAUGAUGUCCGCGACUCUCUGGGCCACCGUGUACCACCUCGAACGGCGAGAACGGGAUGGCGCUUUUACUACAGUCGAACAGGAGCGCGUGACUCAUUCACAGCCGACAUCAGCGAUCUACCCGACAGGCAGGUGGAACGGCACGCGAUCUGUAGGCUUCACAACGCAAACUGUGCACGGAAUCUUUUAAAGAUGGGCGGCUGAAUUCGCUAGGUGCGGCGUUGGACGCUUACUAGAAGCACAUUGCCCGAACAUUAAUCCAAAUGCAGGGGGUACAGAAGCCCCUAUCUCACAUUCCGCUGGGCUACGACAGCAAAGUGAAUUGAUGGUGGGAAAACAAAGAUACGACAGGUACAAAUGAGGAGACACGACCAUCGUUACAAGAGUUUUAUCAGCCUGACGUUUCGGAUUCUCACUCGAAUCCCUCAUCGGGGACAAAAUCGGACAAGGGUAGUGAUUAGCAGAGGUGCUGCAGUAUUUAUAGGAUGUAGUGAGUGAGAAUCGGAAACGCCAGGCUAAUAAAGCUCCUGUCCCAGCGAUCGUGUCUUCUUCUUCGCAACUCCUUCCUAGAACCCGCCAUCUAGCUAUUAUCGGUGAUACAACAGGUACAUAGUUCGAUCGCAAGACGAAACAGAUAUGGGUUGUGAAACUUUCAACAAAGGUCAUGUACAGAAGACCAUAAUGUAACCGCGUAAACUGUCCAUUUCACAGAGGAUAUCCCUUUCAGCACUCGUCAACCAGCCUUCUACGGCCUUCAGAUCCGGAUGGUAAAGUCAGUGGCAAGCUAGUUCAGAUGUCAAGACCUGUAUGCUUGAAAUGGAAGACACUCUGUCAGAUCCAACCCAGCUAUUCCACAGCAAACGUGUCAGUCCGGUCUCGUAGCCUACCGGUUUGCGGCGUCUUGCUUGACUUGGAGGGAGAGGAGGGAGCUUGAGAAUAGGAGAGGCAUCACUGACUGUGGACGUACUGUUCGGCAAGUGAACGUCUUCUGUCAGUCUCUAAAAGCCAACGCCUUUACCCAUGGUUCCAUCUGCUCCCCCAGAAUAUAAAUAAAGUCCUUAAACACCUUCAGUAUUAAUUCAUUUCUUGUACGUUUGCUUAGCACCGACCACAGGGCAGUCGGUACACUCUAGGCAACUUGAAUGGGUGAACACAUCCCUCUGCGCGGAGAAUGCGUGGGUACAGGUUUAAUGCAGUCAAGCGUGUUAAAAUAUGUCCCCCCCCCCCAACCCAACCAAAUAUUCGACAGUACUCACAGAUCACUGGAACUCCUUAGACUUUUACUGUCUCACCGAAUGGACGAGUUGCAGUGCCCCUCAGGUAGUGUGCCUCCAUUUUCCUCCUGUAAGAAUCAAGGCAUCUAAAACCACCUGGAAUCAAACGAAAGCACCACCGAAGGUGUCAGGGAGAAACCGCCAUCGGCAGUUAGUAAACUGUUUAUUAAGUUCGGCUUUUCCCCAAAAAAGUUUACUUAACAAGAAGGCGAAUGUGUGUGUGUGUGUGUGUGUGUGUGUGUGUGUGUGUGUGUGUGUGUGUGUGUGUGUGCAAUACUGAUGAGCUCUCACUAAAGUCUCGAUGUAAUUCCGUAAAAAUUUGCCCCCUGACUCAACAGUGGGGAUUACAGAAACCAGCCAUUAAAUGUUUCUCAAGGUAGCUGCCUCCCUCCUCAGUGUGCACUUUUCUUCGGCCGGAGAUGUUAAAUAAUCGGUUAGGCUGAAGUGAAACCACCCCUAAAAUCAACUCUCAUGAACGCAGCCACCCCCAACACUUCUUCGAUCUCAUUGUUGAAUGUCAUUCACAGUGUCUGUGGGAACGGUACCAGCAAGACCAAGCUCACAUAAUAUCAUCUCGUAUGAGAACAUACACUUCUAAGGUGUACCUUUACUAUCAAGCGGAGUCAUUUAAGUAUUUCAUCUCGCCCAUAUGUCCAUAUGUUGUUAUGAUUAGCCUUUGUGCCAUAUAGCCAGAUGUAAAACUCUACUACGUUGCCGCAUAAAGCUAUUACCUUUUCAGUUUCUACAGUUUUAUGUCGCGCGUUGCCACCAAGCAAAUAAGUUAGGUAAACAUGGGUAAAGUGAGUUUACUUUGAGAUGCAUCAUUUGCGGGCUAGACAGUCAAAAGUCAGCUGAAACAUUGUGGUUCAAGAAACUGAAUGUGAUGAGUUUACCUGAAAAAAUCACCUCAGAAGUCCAUAACCAAAUGCAAAACCCUACCCGUCGAAAGCAAGUUGCAAGCAUUUAGGCAUGGAUUUCAGGUAGAGGGAUACUGCCAAGUAAUCGUCUUUGAUAGGAUUAAUAAUCCCACCUAAAAGUCAGUUUAACAGCUGUUGCCCUUGCAAUACUUCGCCUACGUAACUUCUUUACCAGUCCGUGUGCCAAAGUCUGUGCUUUCGCAAUCGACGACAAGUUGUCGCCAUGCCGGGGGCUGAGUCACGCACUGCAAAGUCCUUCCACUAGCAGGGGGGGGGGGUGGGUGUUAGGCGGACCAAAGACGUCAUGGGUAAGCAGACGGGCUCGUGACCGCAGGAGUGAGCAUCUGCACUACCACCGGCCUCCUGACUCUUCUUGCCAAAUCCGCGAGUUGUUUCGGAGUUGCUAAUGUCUGUUUUUCUUUUAAUUGUCGCACGCAUCGCCGUAUUGUGGUGUGCGGAUUCACUCAGGUCCCGCGCUCACCACGCUAUCCCAACUGCAGGACGGAAAUGACUAUUCGCGUCUUCUUCUAGGGCUCCAUGGCCAGGAUCCACCUCACCUGCCCUUUGGUGAUGAACAGCCGAUCACCGAUAAGCGUUACCAACAAGAAUUAGGAGUGCCGGAAUGGUCUUAAAUGUUCUGUCAGUCGUCAUCACUCGGGGACAUCCCAGGUGCCUUAAGUCAAUGUUCACUUUGAGUGGCGGGAAUUCGAAGGAAUUUGUGAUUGUAAUUCCGAAAAAGCGCGAAAAAUAGGAGUCUUUUUUUUAAAAAAAGAAGAAAUUUCUUCUUUUUUGAAGAGUACCUGUCAACUGCCGGUACUUGUGUCGGCUGACCACUAAAAGCUGCCGUCUUUGAAGGCGGGGAAUUUACAGACGGGUCAGCCAAAAACCCCCCUGCGUAAGCAAUUUCUCUGGUAGAACUUGUCAUGCGCCCAGGUUGCGGAUUCGAAUUAACUCAGUCUUGCAAGCACAAAAAAACAAAACUGCGCUGAGAUGAAGCCCAGAAAGUCAAAAACUGCGUACCUGACUUCAGCGGGUGGCUGAUCCGCUGAGGUUUGUGCACGUGUCAGUUACUGACCGAAAUGACGACUUUGGACGCGCUGUCAAGUUGCCAAACCUACUCAACUUUCUAGAUUGACACAUCUUGCGAGUGGCUGUUUAAAAGGAAAAGGUCUGCCUAGAAGCCUAAAAGCGAAAGACAACCUGGCUGUUGUGGUUUCAGCGCUGUGUUACUGUUACAUCGGUCAUAAGAUUGGAAAAGAGAAAGCAAACAGUCCGUAGUACCGGCAGUGACUGCCUGUGUCGGGCGGUGUCUUGUUUCAAGUCGGUGAUGGUUUCAUCUUGCACAGGGAGCUCUACGUGAUCGAUGACCUAUGCCUCAUGGUUGAAGAGUCGUUGAGGAUCGUCGUCUGAGAGUCCGGAUCCGACAACGGAGGACUAAUUCAAUUUGCGAAAACACUAGAUAAGAAAUAACUUUGUCUCCUAGAUUUCCUAUUACCCAAGCAGAAGUGCUUUAAAAAGUAGUUCUGACCUGGCAACUGGGGCAGACGAUGGAGAUUGUAGACGUUGACAUCACAAGGUACCCUGGGCGUUUUCUUUCAUUGCCAGUGUGUUCUGUAAGGAUAAACGUUUUUGAAAGUGUACUCUUGCAGUCUGUCAUCUCAGUAAGGCAUACGUGGAAUGGGUGAAGAAGUUACGACAUGUAAAAGUGGACUCCAGUUGAGUUUUUUCAAAGAAAGCGCUUCAGAUGACUCUGGACAUGCGUAAAAAGGUUGCGCCUGUACAGUUCAGUUUGGACCACCUCAGAGAGAUGGAGAGGAUAUCGAUGUAUCAUCAGUUUCACCUCUGUUCAUGCCUUCUUAGGUGAGUCAUAGUCCUGAUGAGCACCUCCGACGCAACACACACAGAGACGUAUGACGUGUAGAGAAACUCUUAAGUCACCGGUGGUACUACUGAGCUGAGCGUUUCUGAUCUGUUCACCGUCGUCAGUCAGCUAUGCCGUACCACCGGGUCGAGGGGUGGAGGGACUAGAAUACAGAAGUAUGACUGCAAUCGCUGAACCUUCCGUUCCAAAAGUGACCCACGGGCGAGCAUCUCGUACGCCUUCAAAUAGUAGUAGUAGUAGUUGUAGCGGUAUUAGUAGUACUGGAGUCGUUGUCAGACGGACAGACGAGAAAGGAAAAUUUACAGUUGCAACAAUAUGCUUAAAUCUAACAGGCUCAAAAGAGGCCUAUAAUUGGCGGUUAAUAGACUCUCGAUGAAGUUGUCUUCAGCGCUGUUCUCGCUCUCUACAACAAGCGCACUUCGGCUCAUGUCCUUAUAAAACUUUAUUCACUCAUGACACAGUGAUGGACGGGGUCAUCUAGGUUAGAGGAUCGGGAAACCAUAUCAAAAUCAGUUUAUGAAUGGGAAAGCCAGACGUUUGUGCACAACAUGACUUCGAUGUGUACAAUAUUACGCACUGUCCACUUCAUCCUGGAUGACCGAUAACCUCGAAAUUUGCUUUGGAUAGAGGAAAUCCAUUAAGUAAUUGGGCCUGGUAGUCAGCUGGGGGAUUCUAGGAAAUUCUAGGAGUAAACCCAUGGCUCCCAGUGAGGCCUCGAAGGUCAGAUGGCUGAAGCGUUGGCUGUAUUGUAGCCUCCUCCUUGUUGUCAUUAAUUCAAACCCACUCGAGGUCGGCGAGUUUCUCAUGACUGAGUCAGAUUAAUUAUUCCCAUCUGUCAUUAGACCUACAUAUAUUAUGAAUUCGCUAUAAUUGAGCCAGUCCUUUGAAAUCACGCAUCUGAAGUCUCUACCAUAAGCCCUCUCGGUCUUUCAUACUAUUAAGUGACAGUAGUUCGAUGUUUUUCCUGGGUAGUUUUACGAACACUUAACUGGAUAUUCAGUUUUUCUUUACUGCUUCCGUGCCCAUCAUAAGAGGGAAGUUGUCUCAUACGAACUUUCCUCAAUGCAAGCAUGAAAGUAAUCGAUCGACUGGAACGACAGAAAUUGCUGUCUCUACAGAUCGAGGAAAUGUCCUCCUUCACUAACUAUUCGGACAGACUGCAUUAGUGAGCGUCGGUAUGACAACUCCGUUGCCUGCGAAAAAGGCCGCAGCUUUUGCCGAAUUGUGGUUACGAUCCAUUUACUAAGGCCUCAAUCAAUGUGGUCCAGUAUUUUUCUUAGACCAUCAGUUUUUCUUACGUGGCCGCAGUCAGGAAAAUCACGGCAUAAACGGUCUUUUGACCAUCUAAGGGCCAUGGUCAGUUCCCCCCGGAGGUACUGUCCGAGCUCCAACGGUAUUCAGAGGAUUAUUUCCUGUCAAAUAAUGAUAUGAUCAAGGCGUGGCAGGCGUUUUCACAAACAGGAUGACUUUAUCAACGCGCUAGUAUACCUUCGUCAAGCCAUCCCAUCGUGUUCGCAGUCAAACGGGAGUAGGGCCCACUAGUUCGUCCUGCUUCCAGAACGGAAAUGAGCAUUUGCGUCUCUGUCUCGGGGUUCAGUAUAUUGCAGUCAUCACAGACGAUUCCACAACAACGAGUAGGGCCUAGCCCAAACGUGCCGUUAGUCGGACGCGGCCGUCCGAGAUUGGAACCGAAGUCGGUGAGCAUUUUCAAACUAAAUGUUCCAUCACUCUUGCUAUUGGCCAACAUUCUGCCAGUUGUGAUUGGUAAUAUUUAAUGUCACUCGCGAGUGACGUUAACCAUCCUAUCCUUAUUGUGGAAUAAAAACUGAAAUUUCCGUUUUUGCGGUAGGUCAGUGCAUCCAGGGCCCUCGCAUAGAGACGUGCAAUCAAGGGUUUAAUAGAUAAUGAGAAAGGACGACUGGAAGGAUCAUGUCUGACUUGCUUUCCGUCGUGGACAGUUUUCGAUUAUAACCACCACCGUUGCGUCUGGAAAGGUUGCGAGCUAAUCGGGAUUUAUCCUUAUCGGCCUUAUUCGAAAGUGUCUGCAAGAAGGAACUAGUUAGAUGUUUUUACCCCUAAAACGGGCCAUGCGGCAGAUGCGCUGGUCCAAAACCGAAGCUAGAUCGAAGUCCGUCAGACUUUAUCGGGAAUGCGCACUCAUAAAAAAUGCCAACACUGGGGGUGUGAUGGAGGCCUAGUUACAGGGGCACACCAUGCCAGUUUGCAUCCUUGUCGUCCCCUAUGUUUCUUGUGGUAUAAAAUCCUGGUCGAUGUAGGUUGUGCACCGGGGAGUGUGGUGGUACGCCUAAGCUUGGGUUGCCGUCGGGACGGCCACCCGCGUCCUCUCUCAACUCCGGUCUUCUUGACUCUGUUUUGACGCCGGGCCCAGGUGGAAGAGGAGGAGAGAGCGCAGUAAAUGCUUUGCAAAUCUACUAUCAUUAUAAAUUAAUUCACGCGCAAGUCACCGCCUCUGCUCUAACCUUGCCGCGGAGCACACGUGGACAUCGUCAGAACCGAUGAUCGAACUGUAAGUGCCAGGGUUAGUGUUAGGGUCAUAAGGGUUGGGGUAAUGUUAAAGAUAAGGUUAAGGUCAGGACACGGGAAUAGGUGCCCCUCUUGGGAUUUAACCCAAGGUCAGCUGUAUUACCAGGGUCCCUACUCUCGUGUUCAGCGGAAACUAGUCCUUCCGUAGUCAUGAAAUUAGCUGAAGGUUUUCAAAGGCAUACUGUCUGCCGAUUUUCCGUUUGCUUGGCUGAAGGCAGAAUUACCUGUGCCAGAGUCUUCCUAAUCACGCGAACUUGGUCGCUGCGUGGCCAGUGAAUCAAGAGUACCCUGAUAGGCUUUAUCGUAUUUUGUUAUGCGUUCGAAUGUGUUCGAAGUUUUUACACGGUAAGUUUUCAAAUGAAAGUACGACGAUUCCGUCCGUAGACGUUGACAGUAUUUGUCGCAUAACCAGAGCAACAUCAUCGUUUGCUGUUUUGUUUAAUUUCGCCAGAAAUUAAUGCGCGAUCUUAGACGUGCGCUUACGUAGACUAAAAUACGUUACAUAUCGUCCUUACUGGCGUGAAAUGCCUAUUUUUCCAAAUGGUAAUCUGUUUGAUUAUGGGUGACUGUUAAGUUUUACUUACCGAAUUUUGAAAGACGCAUGUGACCAAUUACACUGCUUAGCUUUUUGGUAGCACUCUUGUGAAAACAUCAUUUUUAAAAAAGCAACGACUGAAACACCCAAUACUGCGUCAAUGUCACGCAAUAAAAUAAAAUAAGAAUGUAGGGGGACACAAGUUUUUGUCUUCCUUUCCAUUGACUCCUGUUUAACUUUUUUCGAAGGAAGCCGUGAGUCGUUUUCUUCUUGCGUUCUCUAUGAUGAAUUUCCACUUUACACCACGUGCGGUUUCACGAAUCCUGAAUCAUAUUUAUCAGGAAGGUUUCAGCGAUAGUGUUUGCAUCAAGCACCAUUAACGGACGUCACAUGUCCUCUGGCGCAAAUAAUCCUCACUUGGUUUGAGAACAAUUUCCCAGCAGAAAAGUACUCGUACACGCUUCCACAGUCCACGUUUAAAAAAUCGAGAGCUCCAUUAACUCAGCGGGAUCGGAAGGUUUUCUGAAAUCGUAGGACAUUGAACAGGUAUUACAUGCAACAUAAGACGGGAAUUUCGAAGUAUGCAGGACGGUAUCAUGACUUUGAGACAGAAGCCAGUGUCUCUGUCGGCAAACACUUCCGCAAUAGGAGAUGAAGAUGCGAUAACUGCAACAAGAAAUCUAUUGGCUCGACGUUUCAGAUUCUCACUUGAACCCAUCAUCAGAGACAGUCGCCGAUAAUGGUACUGGUAGCACAAGGUGUGCAGUAUUUAUAGCACGUGGCUGCCGUGGACCAUGUGUGUACUGUAAUUAACAGCUCGCACAAUCACCCCUGUGGGUCGUAAUUGAUGCGAUGAUGGCUUGUCAGUCCGCGUCCGAGUCGUUAAUUGCCGCGAUUUCGUCAUCCUUGUUGGAUGAUGUUUUGACGAUUGCUCGACAAAUUGGCUCACUGUCACUGGAAUUAUUGCCCGCCCGCGCUCUCCCCACGUGACUUGUUCCGCUGCUCAGGGGGAAUCUCAGCAAGGAAUAAAGUAACGGGAGGUAAUUAUGCUUGUUGAUGGAUUGCGGGCCUGAGAACCAGGACGCGAGCAGCUCGCGGCUCACGCAGUUGUCAUGCCUUGCGAGGAUUUCGGUCUCUUGAAAUUUGAAAAUAUUGUCGGGUCCCGUCGAAUGGGUCGCCAUCUGAGACCUAGCGUCUCCCCGCCCCACUGCUGCCGCGUGUUCGGCUAUUCGCGUCCAGAGUAAUCCCCUAGUUUCUCCGAUGUAUUUGUUUUGUCCGCAACUACACCAGACCAGGUAAACGACUCCUGACGCUUCCUGCCGUGGCCGUAGGUCUUCCGGUCUCAUGAAUUGGCGCCUGAUGGUUGCUUCCGGCCUGUGUGCAACCCCAACUCCAAGUGGAGUGAGAAGACGACUGACGGCUUCCGAGACGUUCUUCACGUACGGAAGAGCCCGCCAAAAUUUGGGGCUAGUUGGAUUUGGUCUCCGGUGUCGUUUUCUUAUGCACUCUUUGACAAAGCUGUGCAGGUAGCCAUUGGCUCUCAGUGCCCGUUGAAGGUAUUGUAAUGUAGGAACCGUGUCUUAGAUUUCACUGCAGGGCGUCUCAACGCGUCGGUAUAGCGCCCUUACGCAACUGCGUUUUUAACUGAUCGGGUGGUUGCUAUUGAAGUUCAGUUUUCCAUCGUAUUUAUCGCUUUCAUAAACACUUCGGUUUUUAAACCACCGCAAUCUUUGCGGCAGACGAGGAUAGCCUGGAAGGCCAGCUGGUUUUUUCUUUACUGACUGUUGAUCACCAUUCGACCCCCUUAAUGCCUACAGACCCAUAGCUGCUGGGCGAAGCGAUAAUGUCCUGUUCUUUUUGAAAUUCAGAAGAUAUUGUCGCAUGCCAUUCUCGGGAGACAGAGUGUGUUCCUCGUCCGCCCCCCUCCCCCGCCUCCAACAAAGUUCUUGCUUCCCCAAUCCAAAGCGGAUCCGCAUAUUGAAAUCCAUAUUUGCAUCUUUUCAUCGGCAAAAUUCAUAGUCAAGCUUGGCUUAAAAUUAGAUACGCAAGCUCUCUAUUUUUUACCCCUUCAAAACUGAAGUAGUCCAAUAAGGCAAACUAAAUUUCGUCAAAUUUAAUAAGUCAGCCGUUAAAUCAUUUUGAGAUUUUAAAUUUAAUUAUGUAGCAGGGAUCGAAGUGCUUCCCUUCUUCGCGACAGCAAUACGGUUAAAUAAGAUUAGGGGAGAAUGAUUUGGUAGAUGCGAAUUACCCACUCACAAGUAGAGAGGUUUAAACGUUUUUUAUUCUGAUCGAAAGUGUUUUCUUUAAAUACUUUUAUUUUUUAAAUAUCUGCGUGUUGAAAAUUCGGAAUCGUCCUAUAUACAUUUCUGAGGUACUCGGAACUCUCUAAAACUUUUUGGUGUGCCUUUUGCUGAUUUUGUACAUUAAAGGUAGAUUGUUCAGGAGUUUCGAGAAUUAAGUAUAGCAUUAAUAAAGCAGAUCUCAGUGAUUCCGUAAUAAGGGCAACUUUCGAAGCGAAACCUUGCAACCAACUCCAGUAAUAUCAACAAUAAGCAAACUACGAUGAUCUUUGCUCACCCAAAGUAGCCUUUACUAACAACGCCUGUUUAGCUUGAAUCCCGAACGCCAUUUAAAUCUCCAUCCUCGUUAAUGGGAUUUUAUGACAAAAUAGGGACUAUACACUAAGUCUGCUUCAGGCAUUUGGUCAUAGGAGUGGUAGGACCGGCGACUAAGUACCCUCCCAGCGUAUUACUGUCGGUCUUGCGCUGAAUCCAAGGGGGAUUGGUUAGGACGCUGGAACAGGCGUCCUCUGGAACUCAGCACAGGCUCAUCUGUUAUACGAGGGCGCUACCUAAUUACGUGUCUAACUAAAUGAGUUUCAUAUUUCGCCCUUAUAGAACAUUUCUCGAUUUCUGUUAUAAUACCAUGCAUCUCCUGCCGGAGUGACAUAUGCCAGUACUGUUCGGUUAGUUUGUCAAAACGCUUUCCAUCAACAAAAUGAUAACGUAAAUACUGCUCUCCCAAAAGUAAUUACGCAGAAUCCCGACUAAGCCUUAUUUGAGGGCUGCGGAACCGACUUGUCAAAUGAUAGAUAAAUGAGUACACCUGGUACCUCAUUGGUCGAUUUUUUGUUCCUUGGUCAACAGACUUGAAAGUCAUUUGGCUUGCGACGCACAUGCAUGUUUGACACGUCGAUGAGAGGCCUGUUUCUUUAAAAUAAUACCAAACGAAUCGUUGACAUCUUCUACAUUGAAGCAGAAAUAUCAGCAGUAUCGAGCUUGCUUAGUCCCCCAGUUAGUAGUACGAAGCUGUUCUCCCACCGACGCAACCCAACCCCCGGGAAAGAAUUCGCUAACGCUGGAAGCAUUCUUUGCGUUACCUCCUUGAAAGAAGUGUGGUUGCAUUUCAAAAAAAUUGAGGAAUUUGAUCCUUUCUCCCUCCCUGAUUAACCAUAAUCAUAAGCAACAACUGAGCACGGGAAUUUGGAUCUCGUCCCCCCCUUUACAGGUGGCCGUACAUCAAAUUUCCGAUGGAUCCUGACUAGUGAUGGCAUUAGGGCUAGGGCUAGGAGACUGUGUGUUAUCGUCAAUGGUAAGGCCAGAGUCAAGGCGUGGGGAUAGGUACCCUCCCUGGAAUUUAACGCAAGGUCGCCUGCAAUCUGAGGGUGUUCGCACUUUCGUGUCCAACCGAAACAAUCAACUUUGCUUCUUGACAUGCGGCUUCUGAUUGUGAAAAUCAUAUUAAGGUAGAUGUCUCUGAUUUGAAGGACGUUUAUUUCACAAAAUUGGUUACGUAUUUGGCAGACGUCACUGGGGUUUGUUAGUAAUUCUUCACCUAAGUCUGCCAGUGUUACCCUUGAACUGGACCUGGUAAGAAUUCCCCAUACGUGGUGGCUAUUACAGAAUGUCCAGGGCAGGGCUGGGUCUGCUCAGCCAACCACUGCUUGGUGACAGUGCAACAGAGGAUUCUGUUUUUUGCAUUGACAACAUGCGCGGUUCCCUGGAAAGCCGACGUUAUAUUUUCCCAGAAUCGUCCUUAGCCGCCCUCAAGCCUAUACAUUUCCGUCCUCCCCCAUUUGAGAAAUUAAACGGGGCUUUUAUUUAAUUUACUCAUGACGUGGGUAAUCUUGAUCCUAACUUGACCCCUGGUUUUCUGUUCCAUCGACUGGAAAUUUGGUUGUGGCUUAGUUAUCACCGACGCGGGCGGGGGAAUUUCAGUCUGUAGAAUGGUGCUGAAGUUCAAACUUUAAUCCAGCUCCCAAUUGUUGAGUUCAGUGACAAUUCUAACAUCGUUUUUGGUUCUUCUGAUAAAGUAAAAUUAAAAAUCUAUAGAAACCGCUACUCUAGCUCGCUUUUGAGAGAGGUUAGUUCUCCAUCCUCUCUGUUCACUUACUGUGUGUAACUCGUCUUUCAUGCUGGAGACCUCGAGUCUCCUUCACUAUGACGUUUAAUAAGUUUAAGGUCUUUAGCUCUUCGAAAGACAUGGUUCGCGGUACCCUAAACUUCAGUCGUCACCGACAGGACAACGAGUCCUUUGUUCGAUGGUUAAAGUGUUGGUCUUCUGGCCAACGGGUCACGAGUUCGACCUUCGAGGGUCGCAUAUCUCGAGGUUGAGUCUGACUGGCUGACGAUGGCUAACAAGCCAGAAAUGGCCAUUCUGGUCUCCACUGUCUUUGUUGUAAUGCUGUUCUGCCUAUAUUAUGCGCCGCUCCGCGGCUACUGGCGGGUUCCAGAGAGAGAGCCCUAAGGCACAACGGGACGAGUGAGUUCUGUAAUGCGAUCGGUGCUCGCCCUUCUACUUGUUGCCAUUUUUUUCUAAUUUCAUACUGACCAGUGUUAAUUUUUUUUUAACGUAGAAAAAUCAUUGAAUGAUCAUCCGAAUUUUCCUCCUCCUUUAUUUAUGCUGUUUAGUGAUGCUGAGCUUCCCAUAAGGAAAUAAAGCUCUCGCGUAAAUUCUUUCAGAAUUUCUGUUAACAUUUUAGGCGAUACGCCGGCUUAUGUAUCUCUGCCUUUUGAAUUCAGAUAUAGGGAAAGAUUUUACGGCAGUAAAUAUUAAAACAGCCGGACUAGGGGGUUUACUGUAGUGUCGAAAAGACCAAGUUCUCUUUUAAUUUACCAUUGAUCGUUUUCUCGCAUCUUCCUGAGUUGCCAAACAUUUUUUCCGCCAAUCUUCUCGACCGCGAAUUAAUCGACCCACUUGUGUUGAUAGACUUUCGAAAACAUAAAGAAAUCGCUUUUUUCCGGCACUUGCCCAGGAGGAACCAAAACAGCAAACAUGUGGGCAAUGUCAUGGUGUUUGCACCAGUCCACCAGGCAAAGCGGUACAUGGGAGAUAACAUUUCUGCACUAAUUCGAGAGUUCAACCUCCUUAUAUAAAUUAUACUUUAGAUGGACAGAUAGCUCCUAUUCAAGGUGCUGGUAAGAAAUGCUGCAGCCCGUCUACACCUAGAAGUUAAAACCUCCUUUUUAAGGCGAUUAGUUUGUACGAAAAAAAUAAUCCUUUGUCUUUUGUAAAGGCUGAUAAUGGACCAACUAGUUACAGCUGAACAAAUUUAUUUGUUGACAGCAGAGAUGUCCACCGUCGGUAUUCGAAAUAGUCAUGUUUGUACUUGUGUUCUCGACUGAUACUUUUCCUCCCCGCAAAUUCGCUUGCCCCAAAGCACCACACAGUCCUUGCAUAGAAAAGAUCUUUCAGAAAUCUAAGCAAUGAGUAUACCAGGGAGAAAAAUGAACUUCAAUAGACCUGGUCGCAAUCGCCAGAGAAUCUCCCUGUAGCUCAGAUGGAGAGAUUGAAAGACUAGACUUUCUGGGCGACCAACUCAAUCUCAAGCCCUUAGACAUGGAGUUGCGGUACAGCCAACCGAUAUUGAUAGAUAAUCCAAAAAUGAUCACUCAAACGUGCUUUUUCGUUGACGCUUCGGAAUUAAGUAUAAUUGCAUAAAAUCGGGCAAGUGGUCGUCCGCUAAUUUUUUUGUUUUAAAUUAACAUACAAAGAGGAUGAAUGCUACGGAAUUGCAUAGGGUAAAAGAGUAGCAAGGAACCCAAAUUCCUGACCCUACACCAAAGGCAGUGAGUCGCCUUAGCAUAUCUGCAAGAAUGUGCUAAUUUGCUAUGCGGAAAUUGAGUGAAACAUUUUUCGCAGUGCAUAGUAGCCUUGUCAACAGAAUCCCCUUAUCGUUGGUAUGUAGCCUAAGGCAUAAUCAGAGACCUGUCUUCGUUUGGUCUUUUUGGCUGUCAGGUAGAUGGAAGAAGUUUAAAAUUGUCCUGGCCUGCCUGAAAAAAUGACAUCCUUUUGCCCUUUCAAAUUGAGGUGUUUAAGCCUACUAAGGUUUCUGAACUUGUCUGAGGAAAGCAAGGGAUUUUUCCGGUUGGAGCUGCGCUGGCAAAGGUUUCCUUUCUUUCUUUCUUUCUCUCUCUCUAAGAAAAUCAGCAUGUACGAGCAUAUGCUGACUCUUAUUAAGGUCAGGUGUUUUUACGUCACAGAAGGGCGAUUUAACCCCGUUUACUUCUCAGAAAGUGUAAGAUUGAGUAUGCGGAGCCUGUUUCAUAAAUGCAUUUGCACAAGUAAACAGGAAAAUAUAUAUCGGUCAUCGUGAAUUGAGCAUGACAACGCAUUGUUCUCCUUCGGCAGGUAGGGUUGAUUUAUUUUAGCGUUGUCUUACCUAGGUCUCUUAAGCAGGGAUAAGCUUGUGUAUGUUUUAUUACGAUUUCCGUUCCGACUGCUUACAGGAUCAGAAUAUUCCGGCUGAAUUAAUAUUUCCCUAACUCCUGUAAAGGUUUAGCGGAAGCCUUACAUCAUCUGACCGAUCACAUGAAAUGUUGGUCGAAAUUCUGAAAUGCUUUUUCGAUAAGAAAGAUUAACUAGUUAUGUUUGUAGUGCUGAUUAUCAUUCAUCAUAAUCCUAUAGUAUUUCAGAAUUUGUAGGAUGUCGGCUUUUGAAUAUAUUUCCUCUAGAUUUCCUGCAGAACACUCACUCGGCAAAAAAAUACCACAUGUGUAGCAUGCAUUUUUCACAUUAAUUUCGAUGUUUUUAUGAAUUCACGUAUAUUUUAUAGAAAAUGUGCACAAAAUAUGCCUUCUGUUGCUUAUUUGGCAGAAAGUCACGUUUUCUUCAUAUUUUAUACCUUAAUAAAAGUUAUCUUUCAGUUUGAAAAAGUUUCUAAUUAUGAGACCUUAAAGACCAUGAAAUGUCCAUACACACAGUACCGCACAUGUCCUUUUACUAAUGCUCCUCAUGAAAGUUACAACAUAGUCCACAUCCACUGCAAUAUUUUGUAGACUGUAUAUAGCAUCCUCUUAAAGGCAUAGAGAAUAUAUGAUUCUUCUUACGUGGAGGGCAUACAUCUUGUAGUCUGAAAUCGCUAAACGUUUAUGUAACCGCUUAUUAGCCUCAAAAUUGCUCAGGAAUUGAAAAACAUUUUCAAAACCUAAAUAUGCACUUUCUUCGAAUAUGAAAUGUAGAAACAAUUCAAUUUUUCUGCUAAAAUAUAAGUGAAAGCAUAUUUUUGUGCAUGUCUUCUAUAAAAUAUAUUUUAAUUUAUGAGAACAUCAAAAAUUAAUGUGAAAAGUGCAUGCUACUUAUGUGGCCAUUUUUAACGAGUGCGCUUCCUGUAGAAGGUCAAGAAGGAAUGCACUUGAAAGUUGACAUCCUGCGAGUCGAAAUACUAUAACAUUUUAUCGCAUGUUAGUCAGCAUUACGACCCUACAUAAUUAAUCCUUCUUAUCGAAAACGCAUUUCAGAAUUUCGGUCGACAAUUCAUGAAAUCGGUCACGCACUGUCUGCAGUGAGCUCAGAGGCAUAUGCAUCUGUGGCGCUAGCACGCUUCUAUCGCUGAAUUUUACGUAGAAAAUUGCAAGAUAAAACAAGUCCACUGGAUCCAUUUCGAUCCCCGCAUGACUUUUCGAACUCCCUCUCUCGUCCUAUCGGACACCUGCAGUCAAGGAGAUUGUCUAUGUUGGCGGACUGCAAGGCAUCUUUGAGUGCCCCUGUUCGACCUCCUCUACAUUUUCUAGUUUGUUUUCUUGCCCCUAAGUCUACUGAUUAAAGAGACGAACAGGACUGCUGUUUUUUUCAGAAGGCCCAUCAGAGUACGCAAAGAUAGUGUAGUCAGUUAUUCACAUUUCUACAAUUAAUGCAAACAUGCUGUUAGUGUAUUCUCACUGAACUCCUCCCGGCGGUGGUUCAGUGUAUACUUGUCGUACUACAUAAUCUUUACUGAAAUCCGGUUAAUAGGGCGUUUGGGAGGAACGGAAUCAAACAACAAUUCCAGGCAGGUUCUCUCAUUUUACCUCAUUGAUAAGCGAAAGACACUUAAAGACAGAUGAUCACUGAUAAAAGUCUCUUCUGUUUUGAGGUUAACAAAGACGUCAUCCGCAAGUUGUAACUUAAUUUGCAAUCCGCAUUCUUAAACACAGAUGACUCCACCUCACCCGACGACAUGUCAGUUGAGACCUUCUAUGAUGGAAUACCUUUGAGUGUGUUGUUAAAUUGUAGUCAAACGUGAUUUCUGCGGAAACUUCAAGUGUUGGGGACUAAGGGUACAUUCACGACAGCAACAUUCUUGUGUGCUCUGCGGCAAACUCCUGACAGGCAGAAGUCAUUUAGAAAUUCCCAUGAUCCAGUCCUUCAGCGGCUCUAAAUAUGCUGCUUACGGAACCUGUGUUCAUGGGCUUACCAUGAAUUCCAAAUUCACGAUCGUGCAUUUCAUCGUCAUAUCUCCUCGUCUCCUCGUUUGCGUGAUUUUACGGGCGCAACGCGGGCUUUUUGCACCUGCAUCAGAACGGAAAAUGAGCUCAAAAGCCGUGUCUGGAAAACUUGCUCUUUGUAGGACUUUACAGUUAAAACGUGUCGUGCAAUUCUAACAGUUAUUUCACACGGUUCGUCUGUCACAUCAAAACUGCACGCAGCAAACGUGAGAAUACUACAGAUCUAGUGGAAAGUGACCAAACAGGUGGCCUCAUCUAUGAGCCAGUAUGUCUAGACUGUAACACCGGUUACCUCAGACAAACCUGUCGCGACAGAAAGCCAUACACCACCGAGCGCAUGCAUUUGUCGCAAAAGGCGUCAACUAACCGAAGAGAGGCAGAAUAAAAUUGCUGCGUCCUCCAGAAUUGCGACGGAUAUUCGGGACACACAACAUUAAAUAGAUCUUAAAUGUUUGCUUUUGUUCUCACAAAGAUGAGACUACUAUCGUGAGUGCUGGGUAUCCUGGAAGCUCAACCCUGCUAAGCCAAAGAACCGCUGCAAAGUUUUAAAGACUCAUCCACACCCUGCCUGAAUAGCCACUAUCAAAAUAACCUCUCAAGUUAUUCCUUUUCAAUCUUUUGAAAUCCCCAAACGCUCCUUGUUGAUAUUUUCUCUUUUUGGUGUGCUUAUCUUCCUUCCAGUUCGUAUGUACACGCCCACAAACCCAGUGCCACAAUGAUUUUUCCGACUUUUUGUUUGAAUUCAUUCUGCCCAAUCAUGAUUACAAUGUACUGAUCACUCGGCCUGACAGAGGUCAACCUCUAUUGGGCGAUGAUUUUUCGUCUACUUAUCUUGCGGUAUUUUGUAAGAACUUUGUUUUUGGUUACCAUUUUUGUCAGAAUGGGUCCUUGCGGAUCUUGAAACAUAAACUUACAUUUACGUGAAGUCCAAUAUCUGCUGUUUCAGUGACCUUACUCUCUAAGAUAUCCACUCAUUCCCGACAAGUUGCUUUAUCACAUGCGAUUUGGGGUGUCUCCUACGCCGGCAUAAAAGAAAUAAAUUUAGUCUACUCAGGGAAAUUGCAUUCUGACUAGUUCAUAAAUCCUAAAGAUAUAUUAGGAUUAGCCUGUUUGCUCAUAUAAUAUUCAAACAAAAUCUUGACAAACAAGAAGAUCGGUAAAAACGAAGAACGAAAUUGAAAUACAUAAAUUCGUUCUGGCAAAGGUUUUUUUAAAAAAUUUAAUUACGGUGACGGAAUACAUGGUACAUGAUUACUGGGUAAUGGAAUCCUCUGCGUUGGACUUCAAGCAUAAUGCCGAUCGAGCAUUUUUCCUUUGCUGAUUCUCCUCGAAGGAAACUCGUUCCCAGCGUUAUUUCCUUUGCAAGUAAUCGCAUCGCAAAGGUCUCAACUUGCUCUCGGCGCAGUUGUGCGCUGUCUACAGUACUGAAAAUUGCACCCCAUCUUCCGUUUCCCAGAUUAGUGGUUUGAGAACCGCGUCAUAGCUGGUCAUCCUACGCGAUAGGCCAAAAGCGCGCCUGUAACCUCUUUUACCAUUUCACUUACCUUUUUGGUCGAGAAAAGAAAUAUGGGUUCUGUUUUUGCAUUUAACCUCUCGGAAAUACCAUGCCGAAUUGGCCACCUGAAUCAUAAACAUGCCAUUCGAUAAAGAAUAAACAAAAAAUACCGAUCGUUUGACGCUGAUUCUGUAAAUCCUAGCCAACGAUAUCGGUUCGACCUCCGGGGAUGACGACAUCCACAGUGUACCCCACAGCAUUGUCUGUGCAUAACAGUGCUUGUGCGUGAAUCAGGUCAUAGUGGAGGUUGACUUGCGCUGCAUCUGUCGUACUCUACAUUGGCAAGACUGAAUCCAGACGACCGAAGGUGGGCGCGGGCGCAGUGCCUGGGGAGGUACAGCUGCCUGUUUACACGUGCUACACGCGACCUGGUCCCUGUUCUAUCUGGCGGGCUUCUGGAAGCGCAGCCGGGCACUGCAGAGGCUAUUGUUUAUGAGGAUCUCUUAAGCAUUGCCGUUAAAGGUAAUCCGAAAAAAAUGAUCUUUCCAUUGUGGUGAACUUUUAGGCUCCCACUGCUUCGGUUUGUCGAUAUCACACGGAGCGGGAUUAUGCUAAGGAAAUAUCCGAAAAAGCCCUCGAAGCUAGUAGUGCAGUUUCAUAUAAAACUGUUAUAGGCAGAAUGUUAUUAAAAAACAAAGACAAGAGGGACUGGAAUGACCAUUUCUGGCCUAUUAGCCGUCGUCAGCCAGUCAUACACAACCCCAAGAUGUGGAACGCCUGGGGCUUUAACUCGCGACCUGUAAGUUAGAAGUUCAACGCAUCUAGCCAUUGAUUCACGGGCUCCCUGUCCUGUCGGUUUCUAUGGGGAAUAUGGAAUGGUGAAGAGGUGCUCACCUAUCGUUUCUACGGAACUCACUCGUCCCGUUGUGCCUUACUGGCACUCUCUCAAGCCCAACCAGCAGCCGCACAGCCGCGCAUGAUAUAGGCCGAAUGUUAUUGCCGACGAAAUCAAAGGAGACUGGAAUGACCAUUUCUGACUUAUUAGACGUUUUCAGCCAGUUAUACCCAACCCAGAAAUGCUCUAUUUUAGUCGUUAACUCGCAGGACAAAGGCUUGCUUUUACAGUAGGUGGGCUAACUCAUGAAUUGUCAACUGUAAUUCCAAAAUGCGCUUUCGUUUCGAAAAGAUUAAUAAAGUAGUGUUGUAAAAAUAACCAGUCUGCAGUAUAGUUAUAUAGUAAUUCAGUUACAUUAGAAUGCCGGCUUCCAAAAGAACUUCUUUCCGGCUGCGGGCAAACAUUACGCUCUGCAAAAAUGACUACUCAGGGACCCUGAAGUAUUCUCAUUGAUUUUCGGUGCCCAUAAAAAAACGAAUUAUAUUUUAUGAAAAACAUGCAUAAAAAUAUUUAUGUUUUACUCAUUCGGGAGAAAAUUACGUCUUCUUUUAAUUUUAUACUCGAAGGAGAAACAUAACUCGGUUUUGAAAAAGUUUCUAAAUGUGAGACUUUUUAAUACCGUUAAAUGGCCGUUCAUUAAAGUGUCAUUUCUCUGAAUUUACCAAUGUGGCUUAUGAUGUUGCCGAUAUGGAUCAAAUCCAAUGCUAAAGUUUAGGAAUCCCAUAUGAUCUCCUUUUAAUACCGUAGAGAAAUGUAUAGUUUUUCGUACGCGGAAAGUACAUGGCUUGUAGUUUGUAAACACUGAAUGCAAGUAUGAAGGCAGAACGGGUUCAGAAUUAUUCGGGAAUUUGAAAAGUUUUUUAAAACUAAAUAAUACCCUUCUUUCGAGUAAAAAAUUGGAAGCAGACGUAAGUUUCAACCGAAUGAGCGGAAGGAUGAAUAUUAUAUGCAUAUUUUCCAUGAAAUAUAACUGGACUUUUAGAGGCAUCGGAAAUCAAUGAGAAAAAUGCAUGCUACUUAAGCAGUCAUUUUUUUACAAAGUAUGGUUUUUGCAUGCAGCCGGAAAGACGUUCUUUCGAAAGCCGGCAUUCUGAGGUAACUAAAUUAUUGCAGAAUUAUACUACAGGCUGAUAUGUUUUACAACUCUACUUAAAUAAUCUUUCCGAAACGGAAACGCAUUUCGGAAUUUCGGUUGACAUUUCAUGAGUUAGUCCCCCUACUGUACAAAAAAUAAUGUUUUUUGUUAUAUUUUGUACACAAGUCUAAUUUUCUAUAUGAAACAACUUGGUAUUGUGAAAGUCAUUGUAAAGGACGAUAAGACGGUCUCAGGCAUUAGGGUAGAUUUUAUUUGGCUUUUCUGCGCCAAAGAUUUCUGUGCAAAAGUGAGCAGCGUUUGUUGGUAUUUCGUCGUAGUAAUGCAAUUAGGCAAUUAGAAACGUUGCCUCACGACUUUGUCUUCCGUUAUGCAAUGCCCGAACGAUUAUUUCGGUAGGUGGUCAUUAAAAAGCCCACAAACUGCCAUUUCAACGCGAAAAGGAGCACGUGGUUCCAAAAACGACCCACAUGCAGCUUCAUGUGUCCUCCCACCCAACUGUGCGCCACCCUUUCCGUUGGUAAGCCGAAUAGGUGACCUUGCAGAUGAAAUAGAGCCUAGCUCGCAUUCAAAAUUACGCAUUAACUCUACAGAAAGGAUGUCUCAUAUUUUCACACGCAGGCGAUAUUUGCCAGGCAGGACUAGAAUCACGUCAAGCCGGCGAAGCCCACAAAGGUCGCUGUGACAACUCGGGUAUGUGGGGGGGGGGGGAGGAGAGUGUUAGCGAAAGCCCCAGACACGACGUGAGCCCGGCAGUCGGCUGUUUUUUUUCGAUUGCACUGGUUAGUGGACUUUUUGUUCUCCUGUGUGGUCAUUUAAAAGAAGAGAAGGUUGUGUAGAAAUCAGAGGAAAACUUCACCUCGAGGGGUGUAAUUGUUGCCUGGUCUUCCAGAUAGCGAACUUGGCUACAUAUCUUCAAACGAACAGAUAUGAGGCUCGUUGGAGGAUGUUAUAGGUCGAUGGACAUCUACAAGCAUUCAAUGAGAGAAUUCAAAAACUCCAAAGCCAUGGCGGGACAAUCCGUAAAUCACAAAUCAUGCGCAGAUCACUCAUGCCACUGCAUGGGACUUGUCUUGGAGUCGGACGCACGGCUUCAUUGACAGACAAUACAUCCAGAGGAUCUCAUUCUUAGGGCGAGAAUCCUCGUGCUGUGGACGGACCGACGGCUGUGACGAGAGCGCAUCGCAUUAAAUGGAGGGUUGGGAGUAUAAUUAGGACGUCAACGGGGACAAACUUUGCCGUCCAGACAAGGCAAAGUCAAUAUUUACCCACAGUCAGGAUAAUGAAUAGGAGCAGAGAACAAGCGACCUGACACAUUCAUGUGAUCAGACUGCCAAGCAACUACUUGGUCAAUCGUCACGCCGACCUGCCCGCAGCGUCCGCAGCGUUGUCUUGGUACUAAAGAAACGCGAGACCUGCGGACAUUUGACCUUCAAUUACCACAAUUGAAGACAAGGUAAAGCGCUUACCGGGAUGACCUACCAGGAAGGUAUGACUCAUCUACGGCAGAGUCGGGCGUGCGACCUGCGCGCUCACAAAGCUAGUCGUUUACGCGACCCAUUAAUUUCUGAAGAAGACUGGCGGACUACAAUAGUUCGACCGUCGUUGAUGACGAUGUCCACCGUGUGCUCUACAGCAAAGCGAAGCAGGCACGGUGACUUGCGCGUGAAUUAAUUUAAAAUGAUGGUAGACUUGCGCGGCAUCUACCGCACUCUUUCUCCCCCACUUUCCACCUGGACCCGGUGUCGAGAGAGACUCAAGAAGACCGGGCGCGCGGGAGGCACAGGUGGAUGACACGGGGGAGCCUGCACCUUGGCGCCCCACUCCACAGUGCCUGGUACACACAGCAAAUGACCAGGUUUUCACAAACAACAACAACAAUGGGGGACGGGGCGACAGGGGUCCCAAUAUGCGCGUCGUCUGCCGGCAGUGGGUCUGCCGACGCACAUUUGCUAUGAUGCGCAUUCCGAUAACGCCUGUAAGAAUUCGAUAUGGUUCCCGAGUUGGUCCAGUGCAUCUACCACGUAGUCCGUUUUGGGGACUAUGAUACACGCCGCCUCGUACACACGCCCUUUCUUGUGGUAUGAUUUCUGGAAGUCCCGCUUUCAGUACACUGAAUAAAACUAGAAGCUCGAUGUAGGCCAGCCAUGUGCUAUUUCGGCAGCUGAUUUCAGAAAUCUAAUCUUUGUUUUUUACGGUCCUUUCAGGCCUAACGUGUGCAGAAUCAGAGAGACUUCCUAUGUGGACGUCUGGGAGCUCACGAGUGUGCCCUUCGAAAGAGAGGUUCCCCGCCUGCAAGAGAACUGCGGAGGGCCGGGCAACCGGUGCCUAGUGAAGGAAUUGAAGUAAGUCGUAAUCCUCCUUCCACAACCAUUUUUCCCCUCAUAUGGCAUAAAACCUGCUAUAACUCAAGGAAAGCCGACGCGGCUUUAAACAACAAACGAAGAAAAAUUCCAGUCGGUAAACUUGUGUCAUUGGACAGGGGGAUUCAACCACCUACGUAACUCUGCAUCGCCUCAAAAUGGACGCAGAAAGGCCACCAUAGCAAAGUUAAGCUGAUGAUAACCGAACGAAAUCAGCCAGAGAACUCAGAGGUAGUGUUUAUGGAUUCAAUCAGAUUUCAGUGCAGGAUAGAUGCUUUCGAUAAAAGUGCAGAUGCGAGUUCCAGGAACCAGUUGCUAAGAGGUGGAGUCGAUCGUUGGAACAAGAGCUUUAUUCGCCUGAAGUUUCGGAGUCACGCUCGAACCUAUCAUCAUAGACAGUGACAGAUACUGAUGAUUCGUGCACAAGACGUUGGAUCAUUUAUAUGAUGCAGUCGCUACGCUACUGCAUACCUAUGAUAAUUAACCGUCCUCCCUUUCAUUGAGGAUUGUUGCCUCCUGGUGCGUUUAUUGCUCGACAGCCGACAUGAAAGAUGCUAAUUGUUGAAAUCUCAUCAUCCGUAUUGAAGUUUGCCGUGAUGAUUGCUCGGCCAUCUGGUUCACCGACCUGCCCGCUCACCGAGUGGUUAAAUAAGUUGGCCAGCCCAUGCCUCACCACGGAAUAUGGAGUGGGGAUGUCGUUGCACUUGUCGAUAGACUGAGGUCCCGUGAACCAUGGCUCAAGCAACUCGCGACCCACACCAUUAUUCCCCCUCGAGAGAAUUUCGACCUCAUCGAACUGGAAGGUGUGACCGGGUCUCGUCGAAUGGGCCGCGACUUGAGACUUGGCGUCAUUUCUCCGCACUGCUGCCGCGUGUUCGGCGAUUCGCGUCCGAAACAGUCUUCGUUGCGGAGUCCGCGAAUCUCUACUUGACAAUGACGGAACUGGCAAGUUCGUGUACCUUUGCCGGCACUACUUAUUGAUUACUGCCUGGCAGUCAGUAAGAGUCAUGAUUUGGAAGGUUGGCAACUGACUCGACAACUCAAUCAGUAAUGUGUACGUGGGAGCGACCGGCUCGAGGACCGAGAAUUAGGUCCAAUGGUUCCUUCCUGAUCUGCUUCCCACGGCACUCCCAUUAACGUGGACCCCGAGCCCCCCUUCUUCUCCGAAAUCCCGAUGCAUUAUUUGGGGGGCAGGUCGUGUGCGGCACGCGUAGACGAGUUGUUUAGCUUUGUCAACCACGGCGCUCGGGCCCGUCUUCGGUCGUUCUGACACUGUCUUGUCCCCAGAGUCAGGUUGGUGGGGGUGGAGAGAGGACAGUAAGCGCACCGCGAAUCUGCCUCGGGAUACACUUGUGCGCAAGUCACGAGUGCUGCGUCCACUGACUGCCAGGUGGCUAGCAGUCAGUAGGAGUCGUGAUUUGGAGGGUUGGCAACGGGCUCGAUAACUCAGUCAGUAAUGUGUACGUGAGAGCGACCGGCUCGAGGACCAAGAAUUGGGUCCAAUGGUUCCUUCCUGAUCUGGUCCCCACGGCACUCACACUAACGUGAAAUCCGAGCUUCCCUACUUCUCCGAGGGAGGAGAGGUGCGACAGACGCUGCACAAGUCUGUCUCAUUAUAAACUAUUUCACACACAAGGCGCAGGUGCUCCGCUCACUCCUUGGGACACACAGUGGACGUCAUCAUUUGAGAUGGCCGCGUCUUCACAGACACUAUCCGACUGCCCACAGAACAUCAAGAAAUGUAGGACCGUUUUCGUCCUGUAACUAAGGCAGAUCAGUGAAUGCUAAACCCUCGGUACUGGGAAUAAUCCUCCCCGCAGUCGUCAAACCAUGAGCUCGUGAUCACACAGUCAACGGGGUUAAUUUUAAUUAAAAAUUGGGACUCAGCUGGUGGCCCGGACUUCGGGUAAUAGCCGCUUAUGAAAGACAUUAGGCAUAAGACUAAAUAGCCAUCAUAAUGUGAAGCCUGAACGGCGUUUCAUAUUAACCACCGAGGAGAACAUGUCGUUGAGGGUUUUCUCUGAUUGACUUAAAACCUGGUUUUCGACCCCGUUAAGACAUCCCAGAACAACAGUUUUUUGAGGACUUAUUAUCAUCAGCCAACAUGCUGUGUAGACUGAGGGUGUACCGAAAGCCGCGACUGUCCACCCUGAGUAGGGGAAUCCAAGAAGUCUUGAUAAGCUCUCAUUACCAUAAAGUCUGGUUGUGUAUCUACCUUCAGGAGUUUCUCCGCCAGAAGCUAUCAAAUGGUGAAGAAGCCGGUGACGAAGGAGAGACUGGUUUGCUGUGCAAACUUCAGACGGGUCCCCGGCUUUGAUGGCUGUGUACCAGGUAGGGUUUUAUUCCAUUUACUGAUCGAUUCUGUAAGUUUGACUUGAUUGGAAAACCUGAGCAAACAGCACCAAAAUGCAUUACAUCUGCUGGCAGGCGGAUGUCACAGCACUAGGCGAGAAAUGAUAUAUUUAAUUAUGAAAAAGAUGCGAUUCGUGCUAUAGGUUAGUCAAACGGUAUGGAAAAAAAUAAAAAAUAGCAAGUGAAGUAAGCUUUGCAAAAUAUCAUCCCAAUUUUUUUCAAAAAAUACAAGGUUAAACAGCGUAACCACACAUUGAAAUCAAAAGGAAUCUCGUUGGUCUGUGGCCCACGUUAUGGUUGGUUGAUGUGUCCUGACGUACAAGUGACUGAAUUUUUCCUUCUGCCUGGACCUCUUUUGGUUCUGCUCGUCGAUUUGCUUGCUACACGAGUCCAAAAAGUGCAUAUCUUAAGCUCCACUUACCUCCAUCACCACCAUCUGCCUUAUUCCUUUUGUUCCUCUCCCUCUCCUUUUUUUUAUUCUUCCUCUUCCUCGUCUUAUUCCUAUUCUUAUCUUUGUCACCACCACCACCACCACCACCACCACCACCACCACCAGCACCGCCACCACCACCACCACCAGCACCACCACCACCACUCGCUUGAUGAGCCUGGAUGUUAUCGUACUCUGGCAGACUAAGCGCCGCUGUUCGGGGGCUCAAAUUAAUGCGUAGGAGCAAUUUUUGAAAUCGGCCCUGGAAAGCGCACUUUUCUCACUGUUUCGGGUCGAAUCUUAGAAAUGCUAAAUGGUUUAUCUGAAAAGACGUAGGUAAGAGGAGGAGCCAAUGUCGAUGAGGGUGCCGGGAGUGUGUGUCGCGUCUGCACAUUUGAGAGGGGAAGGGGUGAGAGAGGGUUAUGAAAAGUGGACCGUGAGAUGGCGUUGACAAUCUUGUCAUAGGGGGAGGCGUUCGUUGUUUGGUAGAUAUCCCCGAGUGUCAGUUAUCAGGGAAUUCAGUAUCCACUUUUACCAUGGAAGCUCUUUCCAGACUUGCAUUUACUGCCUUCAUUGCGCUGUCCUAGUAACUUCGGUUGGUUCACUUGCAUUAUAUUCUCAUUUAAAAAACAUCUCUGACGCCCACUAGGUUGGACAGUUCAGAAAUUGAGAUAGACACUGAGGAGACUUAUCCAAACCAAACAGAGCGGUAUUCGUGUAUCCUUUCGGCGAUUCACCUCGUCAUUUGAGUCCAGGGUCCGCCCAACAAGAACAAAGGUCAGCAUGUAUACAUUCACGGCGAUGGGGUAUGGGGAAAUGAUAUGCCUUCUUGCACAACCGAGAAGUCUUUAAGACUGUUAGUCAUUUUAAACGGUCAACACGUGUCAGGGGAUACGUCCAAGGCUGAAUUUUUGCAAACAAGAUGACCGAAUUAAGGCCUGAGAUCCUGUCAACUGAGGAUGACUACGAUCUUCGCUAGCAACUGAGCAUGAGCUGUGCAGUUAGGGAUGUGUCGAGGUAUAGUCUAGUAUUCCUAGUCUGUAACAGCCCGGAAACAGCUCGCAAAAGGACGCCACAGAUUAUCCUUAAUGCUUUAGUUUUCUGACUACCCCCCAUCAUACAAAGUCAGACGGGUAAUUCGUCAAAAGACGUGCCGAUUUCCACAAUGACUGUUUAGGUCACACUGUUAAAUGGCGUCUGGAAGUGAUGGGCGUUGUUUGUGAAUUGUAUUCCUAACAAGCAGGGCUCGUUCUCAAGUACACAUAUCUGGCCUCGAGAACGUGUAAGCAGCCGUAAUAAGAUCUCCACCUUUUACUUUUGAAACGUUGAUGGACAUUAGAAUUGAAAGCUUUUGCAGUUUAGAAGCCCACACGAGCGUUUAUGUUGAGAUGCGCAACAUGUGUACCUUUUUUUCUUCCGACACGUUUUAGACCACUGGUAGUUGGGGAAGGCGUUUGAGUAAAGAUUCACCAACUGUCUGUUGUUUUAUUAGUCUAAAUCACGUACUGCUUGGCAGAAAUGCGCACCUACGCUAAGCAUAGUUAGCUUUUCCGUAUAAAAUACGGAUAUCAAGGACACAUGUUGAAGAACAUCGUUCCGUUCGUGACAAAAAUCCUAACAGUUACAGUUAUUCCCGUUGUUCUUAUGGGGUUUUGUUCUAAGGCACGCAUGCUGUCGCGUUUCGAAAAAAGUGCUUAUGUCUUCAUGCGUUGCCAACCUACGUACAUCCGUAGCUCUAGUCUAAUUGCUAAGCAGAGUUUAACAUGCCGAUUGUUUUUUCCUAUUGUAGGCGAAGUAAGGAGCAUGAUGACAGUUUCUGCAUUACUGAGGCGUUCUACAUGCCCUUAAAUGUACCCCGAUCAUAGAGAAAGACCAGUUAUGUGGGGAAGGGGGAACCGAACUCAGUUUCGACGUCGUCUGCAAUCAGUCAACCCCUCGGAAAAAAAUGUCGGAUGUGGUUAUGUAAACCCACCUGAAGUAAACAAACCCCAGGCGCCUGUAGUACGGAACCGGUGGUAAGAGGGGUUUUUAAAGAUGGGGCCGGGGGACGCACAGACGACGAGGUCAAGAAGUUGUAUGUAGAAGAAAAGCUAUUGGGAAUGCGCGGUCGUACUUUGAGUGGUUGAGAAAUAGUUGCCCUAAGACCUAACCCUUAACCCUAACCCCUAACUUCAACUCCUAACUCUAACCACCAACCCUAACCCCUAGCCCUAAUCCCAAACAUAACCAUAGCCCUUAACCAUAACCCCUAACCCCAAACCUAACAGUAUUGCGUCCAUCAGGUGGGGUUACAUAACUACAUCUUACCGAAAAUAAAUACUGAUGAGUGACCGUCGUCAGGCGAAAAGUACUCUCUACCCAAAAACUUUCUACACUCCCUGUCCUAAUGACGCAUCAAAGAGAGCGAAUUUACAAAUCCGGAGUGAGCUUUGCCUCAAUGCGUCUAAAGGGCCAAAAUUGUGCUUGUUUGGGUAAACUGAAGCGGUUAAAAGUGCUCAAGGGUGUCCUUGGAGUAAGGUAUGGAAAUCAGGCUACUGUCCCGGGGGUUUGGCGUCUAUAUGCCCUCUACAUUGACCUUAUCGGCGAUUUGAAGCCGCCCCCGGCAUUUGCAUCGUCCAUCGGCGUUCCGUGCUGACGAAAGUGCGCACCUGCACUUUAUCGGUAGCUCGCCUUAUCCAUCUCUCUAGCUCUGUCUAGUGAGGUCACAACGAAGCCCUCGAACGCUGGUCAGUUAAGAGCGGAAAGCCAGCAAAGAUGCAGACCCGCGAGCAAAUGCGCAACUCCUUGCGCCUAGAACAGUAAACGGAGAAGUAAAGUGGGGUUAGGAAGUAGUCCGUAACCUGCUGACCAUAUCCCAUUACUCCAAUAUGAUCACUCCCACGCAGUUGCCAAAAUACCACCAAACAAUUAGUAGAAAGAAACAACCUCCAAUGGGUUCUUCAGGCGUCCCGCUCCGAUCAUUCGCCUGUAGCUUAAAAUAACAACUGCCACCUCACCCCCAUCCCUAAUGACAGACUACAGUGGGCUUCUGACUCAUCAGGUCAAACGUUUCCAGUCACUUCAUGAGAAUUCUGGAACGACUUCAUUUCUGCCUCACGGAGUCAUCACUGUGCUAGCUGACGGCCUGUUCUGUGUCGAUGAUCUUCCCAUGCAGACGACUUAGUCCUAAAAUGGAGCACAAAACACUUGCGGUCGCAAUGAGCUCUCACACCUAUCCAUCACAGUCAGCGUAUGAAUUUAUGGACUCAACCAAAGUUUAAGAAGUCAGUAACACUUUGUAAUCUGCUGCUUUGGAUAGUCUUAGCGGUAGUCUUGGUCACACUGCUGCAUGACCUGAUGAAUUGCUACUUUCUAAAAUGAGUACUUAAUGUUGCAUCAAAACGGCAAAAACCAGUAUGCGUUAUUUGUGCGAAGGCACAAGUGGCUUCACGCUCUUAAGAUGCAUACAUGUUUUUUUUCUAUCUUUUAAUGACUCCAAAGAAUCAAACUGUGAUGUAAUGCUGAAGACAACGCAAUGCUUCAACAACGGCAUUUGUUACCGAGAAGGCGGAAGGACGGGUUGUAGAUGUCCACGCGGGUUUUCCGGUCCUCGAUGCGAAUACGGUUAGUUUGAAUUCGCUGUCAGUCACUUAAGCUCACGCAUGUGACAAAACCCACAGCAUUCAUGUCACCGACGUUUAUUCUCAAGACCAACUGAGAUAGUGGAAAGGUCUUCAUAAAACUGUUCUUACAUAAUAGCUGUGUAAGACAUUUUAGGGGUUUUUAAAUUAGAUAUGCCAUCACUGGACAAUAUUUUGUUCAAAAAGAACAAAGUUAGAAGAGUCGACCGAUAGAUCAUUUUAGAUUUAUACAUGUUAAUAAUUAUAAAGUUUUGUUUUUUUACCAUUAUGGUCAUGUCAGUGGGCUUACUUAAAUCGGAAAUUUUGCAAGUUGGUAAGUCCACUCUUGCACCAGUGGGAAUUUCCAAACAGGAUGCUCUAUUCUCGAUAGCUCUGCCAUUUUCAAGAAGAUUCUGCGCCCAAGAUUACACAGACUUGCUUCUUUAAAAAAAUCGAAAAAGUGAUGCUGGAUUUUUGAAGUCUAACCUUGUGUUCACAUUAAAAUCCUUUGUGGCGGAAAAUUUCCAUCAGUCAUUUAAAAGAGGGGAAGCUUACGUUCCCCUGAGUGCAGAUUCCCCUGCCUCAACCUCCAGAACGAGCUACUACCUGCAGUAGAAAAGCUAUGUACUCAUAAAGGCACUCUGGUCUAUCAACUUUACUCCGGUACACGUACUCGCAAGAAGUCCGGAUGUAUGUUUUGCGAAUGCGCACCACUGUAUGAGACGACUGCGAGGGAUUCGACUCGACGGGGUCCCGUAGGGUUCCCCACGUAGCCCAUAGCAUGCGAAUACCCCAAUUUUUCAUUAAUGAGCUUUUUUUUAUUUCGCUGUGUAUGAACUUCUGGCCAAAAUGUCAUAACACAGGCCUCCCAUUUGUCAUAUCUCUCCCUCUCACUGUUACAAUAGCCCCUACUUGUCGCGCAAUGAAUAGCGUCCCCACCUCACGGAAUGUUGCUUUUCACAUGUUUAAAUGUUGAAAAACCUCAACCCUCUUUCUGUCGCUAUUUUUGUGCGCGUGUGUGUUUUAUGUCUCCUCAGAUGUGGACGAAUGCCGCAACGGGAACGGUGGAUGUGAGGGCGAAUGUUGCAAUAUGCCCGGGGGCCAUUAUUGUCGCUGUCCUCCUGGCUUUCGGCUUUCUGAAGAUCAACGUCGUUGUCUUGGUAACUGACUGCUCUUUUUACCCUUCACUCACGACAUGUGGGACAAUUGUGGACGAGUGUACUAUGCCGCAGAGCGCACACGGUGCUGACAAUACGUCUCCCGCAUCAGGGGAGGGGGUGUGCAUUUCGUUUAAAUCCGCUCUCUUGCAUAAAUAGUAGCAAACGGUCGGAGUUAACCCACCUUUAAUUAAGAAAGGCAGAUGAAGUUUGGGUGUAGAGAUGAAUAAAGGGAUUUUGGGCGUGAAUAAGAGCACGCUAUACUUGGAGUAAGCAUACUUUAGGGAUUACUCUUUUAAUUGUGCAGGCUGCAUUAUUCCAACCGGCUCGCCCAUCCUCUUACUUCUAGCAAGUCGUGAUCAAAAUUGGAGAAAAUCGCAGCACCAGAACGGAUUGAACUGCCAGUUUUGUGACGUUUACCCUGCCUCGAAGUUCUAAAGAUCUUGUCCGCCGGCUCGGCUAUUGAUUUAUGUUCUUUUAUCGUCCGUAAACAUCACACUUAAAAAAAUAAUGCUUACGUAAGUUGCAUUUUUGCUCGACUUUCUAUAUUUUUCUAAAGCAAUUGUCUUCAAAGAUCUGAAUUAUGGGAUUUACAGGACCUUGGAAUUCCUGUCCAAAUAGCAUCAAGUCCGUCCGUUUAUAAAUGCUGCCUGGGGAGUGUAAAAUAUGGUUCAUAUAUAUUGCAAAAUUUUGCAAGCCUUUUUGGUUCCUUUCUAAUAGCGGGAACGAGUUAUCAUGUUCCUCAAGCGAAAAAUGCACAGCUUGUAGUUCGGAAACGCAAGACAUAGGUGCCAUGAAAAGUCGAGAUCGAAACAACCUGAGAUUGCAGAAAUGUCAAUUAAAAAUGAAGAGUGCCGUUUCAUCAGAUGAACAACUUUAGGAAGACGUGAUUUACCGAAAAAUGAGUUUGGAUUUAUGAGGACAUGUGAAAUCAAUAGAAGAAUGCACACCACAUGCAUUUUGGCGGGUGUGACUUUUGCAGCCGAUCGAGAAGACAUUCAUUCAAAAUUCAUAUUGACCCAACUGUGAAAAACUCGGCGCCGACGUUUUAGCGCGGCUGAAAUAUUUUGAGAUUUUGCUGCACGGCAGUCAGUAGUUCAGCCUCACCUAAACAAGCCUUUUUAUUUAAAAUGUAUUCGAGAAUUUCAAGGUUUCAUGAGGUACGUCACGCAUAGUAUUCAUAUAAAUGAUGGACGCGGAAUACAUGCGAGAUGUCAUGCGGCCCCGGGACAUACAGAUCUUUCAGACCGCAUCCUAGGCUCUCACUGCGAGCAAAAUGUGGGGACUGGCUACUUUUGCGGGACAAAAAUCCACUGCGAAAUCGGUAGGUGUCGGUGACUAGCUGUUGUCUGGUUUCGAGAAUACAGUAGUUGGGCUAGCUCAUGAAAUGUCAACCGAAAUUCCGAAAUGUGUUCUCUUUCCGAGAAGAUUGAUUAAGUAGGGUUGUAAAACUAAUUUUCAUGCAGCAUAAUUUUAUAAUAAUUCACUUACCUCAGGAUGCCCGCAUUCGAAAGAACUUCAUUUCGGUUUCAGACAAAGAUAAAUUCUGUAAAAAUGCCUACUUACGUAGCAUGCAUUUUUUUCAUCGAUUUUCGAUGUUCUUAUCAAGUCAAAUGUAGUUCGUGGCAAACAUGCAUAAAAAUAUUCAUUCUCCUGCUCAUUCGGUAGAAAAUGACGUCUUCUUAUUUAUAUUCAAAGGAAGAGUAUAAUUCGGUUUUUAAAAAGGUUUCCAAUUCCCGAGUAAUUUUGAACUCGGUCUGCUGUUACACCUGCAUUUAGGGUUUCCAACCUACAAGCCGUAUAUUUUCUGCCCACGGAAACUCAUACAUUUCUCUACGGUAUUAAGUGGAGAUCAUAUGGAGUUCAUAAAAUUUGGCAGUAGAUUUGAACCAUAUUGUUGGCUUUACAAGCCACAGUGGUAAAUUCAGACACGACUUUUUAUUAACAGCCAUUUCACGGUAUAAAAAAAUAUCACAAUAAGAAACGUUGUAAACACUUCCUUUGAGUACAAAAUUGAAAGAAGACGUCAUUUUCUACCGAAUGGGCAGGAGAAUGGAUAUUUUUAUGUAUGCUUUCCAAGAAAUAUGUUCGAAUUGAUAAGUGCAUCGAAAAUCAAUGAGAAAUAUGCAUUUUACAUAAGCAGGCACUUUUGCACAGAAUGUUUUUUGCGUGCAAUCCGAAAGAAGUUCUUUCGAAUGUCGGCAUCCUGCGGUAACUGAAUUAUUAUAGAAUUAUGCCGCAUGAGGAUUAGUUUUACAGCCCCACUUAAUUAAUCUUUUUGGAACGAGAACGCAUUUCGGAAUUUCGGUUGGCAUUUCAUGAAUUACUCCACCUACUGUAUUCUCGUUUUCUAAAAGUCCGUUCCAACCAAGAAAUCUCGAACUAGUUUUUGCUUAUAUAAUCCUAGCGUAUCCGCUAAGAACCCCCAUGUAUUGCCAAUCGAAGCCACUUCUGAUAGUUGUGAAGCAGGACCUCUUUCGUUUCAACCCUAGAGCAGAUAAGCAACGGCCGAAUUCCGGCCUUUAGGGUAUGCGAGUACUCAUGAGAAAUGCAAUAAUGCUUUUAACUAGGACACAUUUUUGACGGGACUUUCUGUGCUGACAAGCUUAGCACAUAAGUCCAAGUUGGCACAUUCAACACUUUAUGGGGACUUUCCUGAUAAACGUCCCUUUCAUACGCCAAUGCUUAUUUAGGUAGCAUGCCACCUCAGCAAUAUAUUUUAAAAUAACCAAAUAAUCGUUGUUUUGUGAAAAAUAAUGCUUUCAUGAUAUAUAAGAUCUGUAAAUGUACAUUCCUGUCUACUUAAGUGUUGUUUAACGCACUGUGCAUUUUGCACCUGUUUUACAACCACACAUGCCGCAGGCGUCUUAGAGAUAAUUCAUGUGAUGCUUCCUAUUACUAUAAAAAUCCACAUUGGGACACAUUAUGAGUUUCGUAGGCAAGUCUACGGACUCUCCCUUGUUAGACUAAACAAAUAUUGUCAAACGAAAGUCUCAAAGCAUUAUAUUUGCUACUUUUCUAUCACAACGCAGUCGUCAUUUGUGUACUGAAUUUGAUUGCGAAGUAGUGUCUACUUGAAACUCUACAUCGCGAAGUAUUUUUAUUGUGAAAGUUCUGAUGCGUCUGCAGAGAUGAAAGGAGGUCACACUGAACGAGAUGUAAGUGGUCUGAAUCCUCUAUAGACCCCUGAAGUAGGGUUUAUAAGAAGUGGUGUUAGGACAAGUGUCAGCCUACGUUUGAUGACUGACCGGUUUGGACAGUGAACUGGGGCUUAGGAGAAGGAGGAGCGUGUCAGGUCAACUCUGAGGACUGCCUCUCGCGACAUUUCAGCUCAUAUCCCUUCACUACAACCUAUGUGACUCGCCUGAUUAAAUCACGAUGCGCUAAAAGACAUGGUUUAGCAGGCUGCUGACCUAUGAAAUAACUCGGCCCUCCUUUUAGGACGGAAGGUCGAGCAGCAGUGGUUCCUUCUUAAUGUGAACUCUACGACGCUCCCACUUAGCUGGGGUCCGAGUCGUCCCAGUCUGUUGUUGCCAUGGCAACCUGGUCUGUUAUGCGCGGAAAAAGCGCGCGUGAUACGCGCAGACGAGCCAACUAACUUUGUCGGCAACUGCGUCCGAUCACGUCUCCGGUCUUCUUGACUCUGCUAUAGUACCGGGUCUAGGUUGUUGAGUGAGAGCGCGGUAGACGCUGCGCAAGUCUAUCACUAUGAGCUAAGUUGCGUACACGUCACUGCCUUGCACCCGCCAUUUUCUGGGACACGCCGUGGACAUAGUCAUAUGCGAAUACUGAACUGUCAGGCCAAAACUCCUACCCCUUGAACUACCGGACUCUUUUCCUUAAAAGUGACAUGAGAACGACGUCGUUCAAUCUAUCCUGGUUGCAAGAUAUAAAUGGGCCUUUUUGUUUUGUUUGAGGUUUCGAACCCAGACCAAUGAUGAAUAAAAUGUCAUAACUUGCCAUUUCGAUGGUUGUGAUCUUUGGUGGGAAAGUUAUAGAAAUAAGAAUGAAGCUUUUUCGUAUAAAAUUUGGGAAACCCUCGAAGACAUUAAGAAAUCAUGACAAAUACAGUGCUGCUUAGUUAUUGAGUCUUCUUAAGUGGGAUCUUCGAAAAUGGCUAACCAGUUCAGCAUGAGUUACACGUUGCGAGAUUCGGCUUGAAGUUAUGUCGGCGACAACCAUUACUACAACUUUACUUAAGUAGUAUCUUUUGUCUGAUGUAUGUUUCAGUGAUGCACAGUGUGCGCUUACGAUAACUGUAGAAUCCCCACUCCUCGCCCCUAUUCCUGCUAAACAUUCUAAAUGCAUUCACCGCACCGCACAGACAUCGACGAAUGUGAGGAGCAUCUGGACGGCUGUGCGUACGGUUGCGAGAACCUUCCAGGUGGAUUUCGAUGUCAUUGUCCGCCCGGGAUGUUGUUGGCUGAGGACAAACUCUCCUGCACCACAUGUGAGUUGAACUACUAAUUCAUAUUUUGUAGUCUCAUCUGCAGCAAGCCUAAUUUGAAUCGAAAAGUCCAUUACUGGGCGUUGUAAGAUGUAAGUAAAUGAGCAAGAGACGGUGGGGUCUAAUAGCAGCAGUCGGAUCAGUGGUGAAAUGUUUUUUCCAAUUCCCCAUGUGGUCUUUGCGCCAUCUUCGUCGGAGACAUCACCUACCACUUGUACGUUGUACAAGUGAUCGUAAUCUGUUUCGUCAAACACACAUUAUUUUAGAAUCGUGCGCAUGCUAACGAUUGACUGAUGCUAGCAAACCAAUUUGGACAUCCUUGAGGCAAAUAGAAGAGUAAAUCUUUUGUCGCCCGCAUAAAAAUGUCAGACUGAAUUGCUAGCCAAAUGUAGAGACAGUUUCAAAAUCGAAGUAGUUGGUUUAGCUUUCAUUUUUCUUCGGAACUCUGGUUCAACGUUCCAUAUUCCUGGCGCGUUGAAAACGUUAUUAGGCUGUGUCCUGACGCCUUCCGUUACCCUGAAUUUGCGGCAAAACUUGCUUUCAUUGAUAUUUUGGCAGAUUUUGAAUUCGCGUCGUCCGGCGGGGCCUCGUAGCUCAGGUGGUUAGAGCGUUGGCUGUACUAAAGCCUUCCCCCUUACUGCGUGGGUUCGAAUCCCACCGAGGCGCCGAGUUUUUCACAGUUGGGUCAAUAUGAAAACUUGCUUUGUCGAAACUAACUGCAUAGCCUAUGUCCUUGUUUCAUAUAUAUAUUUGCGACUUCCUUGAGGUCUUUAGUCCACAUAAAGUGCCGCAGAGCUCUUCUAUUUCGACAGCUUAUGCGUGCAUUAGCGCGAAUACAAGAGCAGGAGGGAAUCGGGGCGUAAUUUUGCUUAGGCUUUCAAGUAUGGCGUGGAACGCGGUCGGAAGAAACUGAGCAGUUGGAGUCAAAGCACAGUUUGCCACCUGCAGUUGACAUGUUCAAAAGAGGAACAAUUAGCGUACUGGAGCCGACCAUGCUUAUGAAUUCUGCUCAAUUUGUCGAUGAGCAAUCAUUGAAGGUUCUACGGAGAGCGGAAAUGGUACAGUGCCACGGCCUAUGGUGAAACGGCCUCGCAACCACACGUCGUGCAGCUGGGCAAGCCAGCCGCGCAAUGUUGAAUCGGGCAGCCAAUUAGUGUGCGCUGCGGCCCCGUACACGUGCGGUGGCUUUGCUCCCGCAUGCGGCCCGAUCAAUGGUUGGUUGAAUAUUCGAGACUUUUCCGCGGGGGGGGGGAAUUCUCGCGCAUGCAAUGGCCAAUCCGCGACCGGGACGCCCUAGGCAGGAAUGCCCUAGAACGCUCUUAGCGGCUGGCACAUCAUUGGCCGGAAUGUUUCAGAACGUAGAGGGGCCAACAUAAAUAAGGCGUCUUUCUGGCGAUUCACAAACCACGUCGGCUGUGUAUGACCGGCUGGCGACGGCUAAUAAGCCAGAAAUAGUCAUUCCAGUGUCCUUGUCUUUGUCGGUAAUGCUAUUCCGCCUAAACCCCCAAGUGUUCGCCGGCCGUCAAUAAAGCGUUUGUUUUCCGAACCGGCUCGUUUUCUGUUCCUCCUAUUUCUCGGGUCAUAACAGAAAGAUUGGAGCGGAAAUGGGGAUUACGAACGAAAACGUUGGCUAUGCAGUUUCAGUGCCUCUACUUUACUCACAGACAGUCCCAGCAAGCAUUAAAUACGUCUUAAGACCUCCUCUCUGUGUCUGAUUGUGAUCCGCACUCUUUAGCGAAUUGGUCAACUUGUCGUAUCCAGCCACGCGCUGUGAGAUUCGACUCUCAUGUUUCGCAGGAUCGUAUUGAAGAGCUAGGAGGCAGCAAACAACAUCGCAGUCUCGUUCGUGCCAGCUCGCAGUCCCUUCAGCCUAACCAGGAGUUGCAGGGUUGA